GCUUCCUUCUUCCCCAAAAUCCUCCGUCCCGGCCGCCGCCUCCCUUCUCCCCCAAAAUCCGAUCCAUUGCCGCCCUUCUCCAGCUCCAUUCCCCCAUACAAGUUUGCUCCCAGCAGAUCCGCCCCUCAGCGCGAGGACCCUGGGCGUGGCCAUGAAGAUGAAGGAGGGGGGCGACUGGAGCAGCGAGUGGCGGCGGCCGCACGGCAGCACCAAGUUGGGUGGCCUAUCCAUGGUCCCGGAAUGGGAUUCGCUUCCACCGGAGCUUGUCCAAGCGGUCGCCGACCGCGUCCUCUCCACCACCGGCGGCGUCGACGCGUACAUGGACAUGAGGGCCGUCUGCUCAACCUGGCGCUCUGCCGUCGCCAAGCCAUCUCCUUUCGCCGCGGUAGCCGGCCUCCGUUUCCGCCCGCGCCACUGGGUCAUGCUCGACCUGCAACCCGACGGCCUCAAUGACGAGUCUCGCCUCUUCCUCCACGUCCCCACCGGCCGCUUCCGCCGCCUGCACGUCCCGGCGCUCCGCGACAACCUCGUCGCCGGUGCCGCCGACGGUCUCCUCGUGCUCGCGGACAUGUAUCCACCGCACUUGGCUCGUGUCCUCAACCCAUUUACAGGUGACAUGCUCCACUUCCCCGCCGCGUUACCUCGGCAUUUUACCUUUACCUCGGUGAAGGGAGGCUCUCACCCGACGCUGGUCUUGCUGAGAUGGGGCUCGGUGUUCUGUGCUGCCCCAAGCAGCGAUUUCUUUACACAGACAGAGAAGGCCGUUGAAACCUACUUGGUGAGCAUUGCCAACUUCCAGGGCGACGUCUAUUGUGCCGAUGGCCAUGGAUGUGUAUUCAAGUUGGUCGCACUCGCACCAGCAGCAGACCAGUGUGAUGAUGAUGAUCAGGGGCGGGCCCAGUACAAUUCAAGGGUAUUCAGUUGAA